ACGAUUGAAUAUAACAAGCAUCGAAGACGUUAAUUGAACAUUCAUUGAUGCCCAAAGGUCGUUCAGAUGGUAUAAAUGUGACCCACCCGCAACUGGGAAGCUACAUUCACAGCCAAAAACUCAAAAUCUACGAUUAGGUUUUAGAAGAGCAAAAUGGUUAGAGCUGCAGUUAUCUGUUUCGUGUCACUGAUGGGCGCCGUUUUGGGCGCCCCUCAGUUACGACAGGCUCCGGAUGCAAGUGGUAUCGAGCUGUUGAGGUAUAACUCAACAAACAACAAUGAAGCAGGCUAUCAAUUUACGUACGAACAGAGCAAUAAGCAGAUCUUCUCAGAAGUUGGUACGCCAAAGGAUGGUAGCGAAGGUGCGAAAAUCCUAGCGGUGGAGGGGGCUUAUACAUUCGUGGCUCCCGAUGGGCAGACCUAUUGGGUCAACUACCGAGCCGACGAGAAUGGGUUCCUACCGAAGACGGGAACUGGCACCGUCGGGGGAAUCCAACCUGGACAGGAUGCUCCGGUGAGGACGUAGAUCGUUUGGACCAGUGAUACAUGCAAGUUGGAUUGACUAAAUUUUAUUAUAAUAAUUUAGCUCGCACAAUAGUAUCUUUGAAACAUAUACAUAUAUAUUUUUUAAUGGAAUAAAGCUCAA